GGCCAGGACGGUCGUCGCCCGGAGCCUAGGUCUCCGCCCCCACCCCACCCCCGGCAGGGUGGGCUCCGCCCUCGCUCCGCCAGCGGGGCCGUCAGGUGAUCGCAGGCUGGCGCGGUCACGUGGACCGGGCGGGCGGGCGCGCCCGAGCUGGCCAUGGCGGCCGCGGUGUCCGGUGUGGUGAGGCGGGUGGAAGAGCUCGGGGACCUGGCUCAGGCCCACAUACAGCACCUUAGCGAAGCCGCGGGGGAAGACGAUCACUUUUUAAUUCGGGCCUCUGCAGCUCUAGAAAAAUUGAAACUCUUGUGUGGAGAAGAGAAAGAAUGUUCAAAUCCAUCCAAUCUUUUGGAACUGUACACACAGGCCAUAUUGGACAUGACAUAUUUUGAGGAGAAUAAACUAGUAGAUGAAGAUUUUCCUGAAGACUCUUCUCCCCAGAAAGUAAAAGAGCUCCUCAGUUUCCUUUCAGAACCAGAAAUUUUAGUUAAAGAAAACAAUAUGCAUCCCAAACUAUGUGAUUUGCUUGGGGAUGAGCUACUGGAAUGCCUCUCUUGGAGACGAGGAGCCCUGUUAUAUAUGUAUUGUCAUUCUCUAACUAAGAGAAGAGAGUGGCUCUUGAGAAAAUCUAACUUGCUUCAGAAGUACCUUGUUGAUGGGAUCAAUUACUUGCUGCAGAUGCUAAAUUAUCGAUGCCCUAUCCAGUUAAAUGAAGGUGUUUCUUUCCAAGACCUAGACACAGCUAAAUUACUAAGUACAGGAAUAUUUAGUGAUAUUCAUGUGCUGGCUAUGAUGUACAGUGGAGAAAUGUGCUACUGGGGAUUAAAGCACUGCCCAGAUCCACAGUCAGAAAAUCCUGAAGUUGAUACUGAUGCUUUUGGAGCGAGCUGCACCACACACAAAGAACCUUUGGAUUUCCGAGAAGUGGGAGAAAAAAUCCUGAAGAAGUAUGUGUCGGUGUGUGAAGGACCUCUGAAAGCGCAGGAGUGGAGCACAGCCAAUGCAAAGCAGAUCCUCAGCUUCUUUCAGCAGCGCUGCAGCUAGGUGGUCAUCUGUCCUCCCAACUGAGAGAAGUAAAGAUGGGUGAACCGGAAAAGAAGGCUUCAGAGAAGGAGCUCUGCUACACUGAUCUUGAGAAUAGUACACUACGUGAAGAUGCCCAAUGUGGCCACCCUUCUUUAAUGCUAUCACCUUUCAUUGUAUAGUCUUAAUCUGUGAAAAAAGUAUUCUCCAAUUUCUAAAAUGGCAUAUAUGUUAUUCUAACUGAACUUGAACUACAUACAAUCCUGCCACUGAUAAGGAGGAACCCAAUGUAGAUUGACAGUUGUUUUCUAAUACUUUAGGUUAUAUUUCAUUGUAGUAAAGUAUAUGUAACACAAAAUCUCCUUAUUUUGAAGUAGGCAUACUUCAAAGAUGAAAAUCAGUUUUCCUCCUUGUUUCAAAUAUAUACUAUAAGUAUAAAUGUAGGCAAUUAAAAAAUUAUAACUAAUAUUUAGACUUCAUUUCCAGUAAGCUAAAUAGCAAAAUAUUUUAAAAACGAAUCAUUGUAUUUAUUUUGCCAUAUGUUACUAAUAAUACUUAAAUUAUUGACUUAGCUAUUUUAUAAAUUAUUUUCUUAUUUUGUUUAAAACAAAAACUGCAUGGUGUUUCCAAUAAUGAAGAUAAAAAUCAGUGUAGAUGGUUCUGUCAUUAGUUCAGGGCACAUCUUUGCCUAAUGAACUUUACAUAUGUUUUGCCUUUAUUAGGAUUGACAUGCUGAUGGUCAGAGAGCCUCGUUUGCUGUCUUGCUCACCGUCUUCCUGCCUACCUCAACUCCUGUUGUCUUGGGAUGGUCUGUAUGAUGAGACCUUCUGACGCGCUAGACUUUUGUCCCAGUGAUAUCUGUACAUCUGGUCAUUUCUGUUACUGCUCCUUGAGUAUCAGCCAUACUCAGUUUCUUUUUCUAAAAUCUUAAAUUUCAGUAACAGAUGACAGUUCUCAUCUUUUCAGCUUUUAAAAUGCCCUUGUUUGUAUUGGUUUUUCUCUACUUUCAUUCUACAGCUUUCAUCCUUUUUGCAGGUUCGUUCUUGACUGUUGUCCUAACUCUUGAGCAGGGAACCUUUUUCAUGACUUCUUUACCCUGCACCUCAUGGGGCUUCAUCGGAACUACUGUCCCUUGGUCUUCAUUCUUCUCUUUUGUCUUUAGCAGGCUCUCAGCACUGGGUUAAUCCUUCCUCGGCCAUUUAUUCUUAGGAGGCUCAGUUCUAUGGAAGGCAUGUAGUCCUUCCAAGUGUGUUACUACAUGUAUGACUUCACUUAGAAGAACCCUAACUGCAAGCGACAAGGUGCCUGUCCUUCCCACUGUGGUAGAGUCCAAUUUCAUUAGUCACUUCUACCUUGGUUCUUUAACAGGAAGUUUAGAUUCUAAGGGAGUCAACUUACAUUUACUCACUAUUCUGCUUUAAAAGAAAAAAUAGGCUGCUUGUUUUCUGUUGACUACUCUUUGCUAUUCCCUUUGUUUCUCUUGUUGUUUCUCAUUUUCUGCUUGUCCUCAUGAAGGGUCUGUUCUUUCUUCUGUCCUUCUUUCUUUUUAUUCCAAAUGCUCAUAUUAAGCAAUACCUUUCACGGCCAUUUGGCUUGUAAUAAUGCCUAUACCAGGCUGAUUUCCAUUCCAGGAACUUGAGCUCCAUUUCCCUUGUUCUCUGAAGUUUAUUUCUAACUGCCUAUUAAAUGUCUUCACUUGGACAAAUACUGACUGCACAAUAAUUUUAAGGUCAGUAUGAGCAAACAUCAAAUUUUUAGCCUUUAUGGGAAAUCCUCUUUGCUUCGUUUCCCCCAGUUUUGUGUAUUUUUCAAGUAGGGAAACAGAGGCCUACCUUCCCAUCCUCAUUUCUACAACACUCUCACUUGUGUUCUAGAUCAAUGGUUUUCACACAUCAAAACCCCAGGCUCCUUUUGAUAAACAAAAUUCUAAAUGAGCAUUGGAAGUCAGGGGAGAUUCCUCCAUCCCUGCUAUAUCUCCUGGCCUGUCUUUAUACAACCAAGAUUUUUAUCUAACCUAGCAUUUUAGCAAGUUUUAUUAUGAAAAUACCUUAGCUUUCUAAAAUUAAAUGAUCUUUAAUGUGCUUUUUAGAAGCACAGGCUUCUUCAGUGGGUCAUAAUCCAUUAAUCAAGUGCUUCCAGUACUUUUCCCAAAUGCACUUACGUUUUCCAACCUCAGUACCUUUGUAGACAUCAUUAUUUCUAGGCCCUUCUUUGUGGCCAGAUAAUACUUUACUUGUAUGAUGUACCUUUAGUAAUACUAUGUCCAAAGGCUUUUCUUCAGCCCUUUCCAGUAGAGAUUAGAUGUUCCUUUAUUUUUUCUAUCUUCCUUUCCCAUGUGACCACAGUUCAAUGUGUUGUAAUUAUUUUCCUUACUACUGAAUGAACUCCAUAUCUUAAAAUUUUACCUUUGCACAUACUGUUCUUUGCAUGGUAAGGUAGUAAUGUUUUUUGAAUUAGUGAGGCAUGAUUUGAAAUGCCAAAUUUUGCACAAAAGGGUUGCUGCUAUUGCAUUCCAAACUGCCAUGCCCUCUAUACCAGCAGUUGAUACAGCAAUGAGGAAUUUACUCCUCAGAGGAGUAAAGUGUUCCUUGGAUACUAAACCUGAGAAAAUAAGACUUCAUCUUCAGAAGCUGAGAGCUUCAAGUUUUGCCUUUAUGACCUUUGUGGACUCACUGGAUGGUACAAUUAUGAGGGUAUUCCUGGGUGCUUUUUGUGUAUUUUACUCCCUCCACCCAAACAAUUGGAGAACAAUUUGUAGACCAUGAUAGUUUCAGUACUUUUUACUGUGUUAUUAUAAAAGAACAACACAUUUUGUAUUCAUUUAAUCUUGAGGAGUAAAUUCUUUAUUUAGAAUGAAGUAACCUCAAAAUACAAAAUAUUCCACAUAUGGACAGUAAUUAAGCCUACAAUCAAUUCUUUCAACAGCUAUUGUAUGCCUACUACAUGCCAUAUCUUGUUCUAGGCACUGAGGAUAUAGCUUUGGAAACACCCUCCUAUUAUGGGGCUUUCAGUAGAGGAAGAAUAUAUACACUAUGCCAAGUGACAACACUAUAAAGCAUUAAGCAGGGUGUAAGGGACAAGUGACUUGGAGAUGGGUGCUAUCUUAUAAGGAGUAGUUGGAAAGGCACAUCUGGAAGCACCCAUCUUCAAUUUCCAUCCUGUUGUUUAGAUGCCUUGUAUAUUCAGUACAUUCAAAGAUUUUCUUACUGAAGUCACCACUUAAAACUUUCUCAUUUCUGUUGCAUUUAAUAGAUUUCUGAUCAGUGGUGUUCCUAAUCUAUACUGCCUAAAGGCCUUGGGCUUUUUAUUCAUUCCAGGUGGUUUUCUUUCUACCUUCCAUUUCCCUUUUCUGCCUUCUAUAAGGUUACUACUUCUGUCCACAGAAGCCAAAACUGUAGUUUCUUUAAUAUCACUUCCCUAUAUAUUUUAAACACAAUAUGAGGUAACAUAGUAUGGAAAUAUUAUAUUAAGAGGUACUUAAUAUAGUCACGAUUAAUUUAUACAUUAUAUAUUCAUGUUAGUGUUCAGCAGUUUUUGUUUUCCUACUUCUAGUGAAAAAUCACUAUCUUCAGUAUGAAUUCUCUGCUGUUUAUUAAGAUGUAAAAUGUUAUAGGAUUUUCCAUAAUCCUUAAAUGUUUAUCAUUCUUUACUCAGUAUGAAUUUUCUGAUGUGGAUUAGGCUUUAAGACUUGAUUGUGAGUUUGAGGCCAGCCUGGUCUAUAAAGAGAGUUUCAGAGUAGCCAGGGCUAUUAAACAGAGAAACCCUGUCUUAAAAAACAAAAACCAAAAGAAAAAAAAGGACUUAAGAGACUGUCUCUUGCUGUGUUUAUAGGCUUUCUGGCUACUGUGCAUUAUCUGAUGUUAAGGUACAUAUCAUUGACAUUCCCUUAUCUUUUACAUACAGUAGAAUGAGCUAAGAGUCAUGACUAAAAGGCCACCGUAAAGUUACAUUCCUAGCUUUACAGUCUGUGAUCAGUGCUUUGAUAGUCAUUAAAGUGUGAGUGCUGUGAAGGCAUUCUCAGAGUUACCUUCCUGACCUUUAAAAACCCACUGCUACUAACAUGGUCUACUUUUAGGUUGCUUGUCUCCUUGGUCUGUCUUCUAGGGCCCCUUUGUAACUCUAUGAAUACCCCAUCUGCCACAUAAUCCAGGAUCCCAUAGUUCUCUAGUAUUACUUACCUGAGUUCUUUUAAUAUAAAAUGAAAUACAUUAUGGAAGUAUUAUAUUAACAUAAGCUUAAUAUAACAGGAAUUAAAAGUAUUCAUUAUGUACUUAUGCUGGUGUUUAGUAGUUUUGUUUUACCAACUUUCAGUAACAUUUUUCAACUACAGUGUUUUGGAACCUAUGAUUAAUAAAAUAAAAUCACAUUCCCCUACUUGUUUCUUGUUUUAUAUUUUAUUCUUGCAUCAGAGUAAAAAUGUUUCCUCUCAGUAUGCUUUUCUAAUCUCUGAAUGCUAUUCUGGUCCUGAUAACUUGCAGAUAGGUUAGCAUAAUGAUUCAGAUUGUGAGUUCUGGGGCUAGAAGGCCUGAGUUAAAUCACAACCCUGCCACUUCCUAACUGUAACGCUUAUGUAAAUUAAUAAAUCUUCCUGACUUUUAAUAUUCUAUUUCUUUUUAUUAUUUUUAAGCAUGUUUAAAUGGUGUGUUUCUGUGCAUGUGGCCCAUGGAAGCUGGAGGCUUCAGAUCCUCUGGAGCUGAAGUUUCAGAUGGUUGUAAGUCACCUGAUGUGGGUGUUGGAACUCCAGCUUCCAUCCUCUGCGGGAGCAGGGGAAGCUCUUAACCAUGAUCCGUCUCUCUAGCCCCUUAAUCUUAUUUCAACAAGUAUUUCCAUAAUGAAUCUGAAUUCUUCCCGUUCAAUAGAUAAUUCACAUUUCCUCGAAAUGUAGGAGCAGUGGCGUCUCGUUUCUUCAAUUUAACUGACUUAGUUUCUCAUGCUAAUUUUCUUUCUCUGAAUACGAAAAAUAAAACACAACUUAGGAGGAGAAAUGUCAUCUAAGUAAUUAAUUCAUAAGUCUUUUCCUGAUAAGCCGGUGGUUGACCUAUUCACUAUUAGCAAUGGCAUGUGGAAUAAUAGUCAUUUUAGAUUCAGAUUCUCACGGAGCCUCAGUUGCCCCGGCACCAAGCUUUGUUGAAUCUCUGCUUGUCAUUUAGAUCCUCGGGUACUAUUUUUUGAAUAAAGGGUUCUGUUGAAAGCAUUUAGGGUCUACUACUGAGCCGUAAGUUCUGGUACAUGCUGGCUUAUAUUGUUAAGUAUCUGUCACUUCACUGUUCAUACACUAGCAACUGUUUCCUGUAGCCUUGUGUGUUCUUUAAAGAUUUAAUGUUUAUAAAGAUGUGGGUCUUGCCUUCUACUUUGAAGUUAUAAAAUGGGAUUAAUUUUUAAACACUCUAUGAACUAGAUGUAGGAGAACAUUUUGACAAUAGAGGUUAAAACAAUUAUAUAUGCAAGAUCAAAAAAUUUAAAUAUUUUCCAAAAAAUAAUAUAGCUUCAUGUCUUGGAAUGGUAAACAGUUACAGGUUGACAAAGAUUUUAAACUAAAUUAUGUGGAAUCCACCUACCAUGCUUGUUAUCAAGAACAGGAUUUUACUUACACCUUCAGGUUAUUUUGAUUGGGAUGUAGUUUGUCUUACUGUGGUGUAACAUGUUUUGGUCCUUACUAAAUAUUCUUAAAAGAUUUUAAAUAAUUUAGCAUGAGAAUAUUAAAGUAUCCCAUGUAAGUAACAAGUCUAGAUUUGGAACGGAUUUGGGGAUUAGAUUAAUCUACUUGAAAAUGACUGACACAUGCUACUACACAGGUGUUUGUGUCUUUCCUAAAGAAACUGUAUCCAGCGCUGUAUAAUAUUAUUUUGUUCUAUAGUCUACCUCUGGUUUCUUAAAUUUCUUUUAAAUUAAGAUUAAAGUGAACAGAACAGA